CGCUAACCAAUGGUAACCCAUUGACAAUCACAUCGACUGCCACCGCGAGAACAGUGACCCGUGCGGUGACGACCACCACUGCCCCGAAGCCAAUACUUUCCACAUUUGCCUUAAACCUAAGAGCUGCUGAUAUUAACGCCAAAUCGAUGGUUAAGCCGCCAAUUAUCUCAGCGGUGGUGUCCAAUGGCAUCAAUGACGACGACACUCAAAGCGUCGCCAGCGAUGACUCAAUAUUUUCGCGCAAAUCUCUGCCAAAAAUAAAAUCACCCGAACCACAGGCGCCCAAAAAGCCUGAACCCGAAGGCAUCAAAGAACCGGGCGCCGACGCCAACACGUGCUUCCGUCUGAAGCAAAUCCCGGACCAAACGAAAGCCCGGAUUAUGAAACUGAUCGACGCCUACAUGCCAGUGGGCAUCGCAUUGUCUCAAUUCCUGAACCUAUAUAACAUGAAUUACGAACAAAUCGAUUUGAGACAAUACCGGGUGUCCGACACCAGCGAUCUGUUUCAGAUGCUGCGGACAGAGCUGCCCAUAACCGUCAAAAUGGUCGACGGCGUGACUCAUGUGUUCCUUAAGCCCAAGGAAGAGGUGCGCGAAUGGGUGGGCGACUGUUGCCGCCAACAGAGGUAUAUCAUUCCCAUAGUGUUUGUGGACACGAUUGCCAACGUGGUGUUGCCGGGAGACAAGUACACAAUGGUGACCCCACCGGGCGCGUUCGAGGCGGGCAACAACGAGUACGUGGCGGCCUUUAUCGCAUCAGCCCAGAGCCCAUCAGAGAUAUUCAUCCAAUUCAAAGGCAAGGAGUAUCACUCGGCGCUCGAGAAGCUCAUGGAUGACCUCGAGUUCUACGAUACCGUGCCCGAGGAGGUCUGGUCUCUGCCCUACGAGUUCGUCACCUUUGGAAUGCCGUGUAUCGCACGAUAUCCAGGUGACAAGUUCUGGCACAGGGCUCGUAUCACUCGCGUCUACGCCAACCAGAAGCGAGUGGUGAACGUGUCGUUCAUAGACUACGGAGGGAUGACUGUCACCGACUAUAAGAAUCUGCGGCUAAUGAGACGCGACUUCCUGUCGCUGCCCGUCCAGGCGCUCAAAGUGGGCCUCUACGGCAUUAAACCCAUUUUGGGCGACAAGUGCUGGACGACCAGCGCCAGGGAUAAGGUGUUGCGCUUCUCNAUAUCACUGGACUGUCUGUCCGGUGGUUACACACGUAUAUCACUGGACUGUCUGUCCGGUGGUUACACACGUAUAUCACUGGACUGUCUGUCCGGUGGUUACACACGUAUAUCACUGGACUGUCUGUCCGGUGGUUACACACGUAUAUCACUGGACUGUCUGUCCGGUGGUUACACACGUAUAUCACUGGACUGUCUGUCCGGUGGUUACACACGUAUAUCACUGGACUGUCUGUCCGGUGGUUACACACGUAUAUCACUGGACUGUCUGUCCGGUGGUUACACACGUAUAUCACUGGACUGUCUGUCCGGUGGUUACACACGUAUAUCACUGGACUGUCUGUCCGGUGGUUACACACGUAUAUCACUGGACUGUCUGUCCGGUGGUUACACACGUAUAUCACUGGACUGUCUGUCCGGUGGUUACACACGUAUAUCACUGGACUGUCUGUCCGGUGGUUACACACGUAUAUCACUGGACUGUCUGUCCGGUGGUUACACACGUAUAUCACUGGACUGUCUGUCCGGUGGUUACACACGUAUAUCACUGGACUGUCUGUCCGGUGGUUACACACGUAUAUCACUGGACUGUCUGUCCGGUGGUUACACACGUAUAUCACUGGACUGUCUGUCCGGUGGUUACACACGUAUAUCACUGGACUGUCUGUCCGGUGGUUACACACGUAUAUCACUGGACUGUCUGUCCGGUGGUUACACACGUAUAUCACUGGACUGUCUGUCCGGUGGUUACACACGUAUAUCACUGGACUGUCUGUCCGGUGGUUACACACGUAUAUCACUGGACUGUCUGUCCGGUGGUUACACACGUAUAUCACUGGACUGUCUGUCCGGUGGUUACCUGAAGCACAACAGUGCCGAAGAGUACGCCGCACGCGAUGGUCACGUGAAAGCGGGUCAACACGAGCCCAGAACCGGCCAAUUGGGACAACAUAUUGAUUAA